AUGGCCGCGUCCAGAUCAGUCCUCAGGGCGGCUUCACGGCUUGUUUCUCAGCGACCUGCACUUUCCUCCUCGAUACGACCGUCAAUCCGUAACUUCGCGCCCUGGGCUUCUCUGCCUGCUUCCUUUAGAGGUUAUGCUUCAGAGGCGCAGCAGACGGUAACAGUCCGUGAUGCCCUCAACGAAGCUUUGGCCGAGGAGCUUGAGCAAGAUGAGAAGGUCUUCAUACUAGGCGAAGAGGUGGCUCAAUACAAUGGCGCGUACAAGGUCACCAAGGGCCUUCUGGAUCGAUUCGGACCCAAGCGGGUCAUUGAUACUCCAAUCACUGAAUCCGGCUUCUGCGGUCUUGCCGUCGGUGCAGCAUUGGCCGGUCUACAUCCUGUCUGCGAGUUUAUGACGUUCAACUUCGCUAUGCAAGCAAUUGAUCAGAUCAUCAACUCGGCUGCGAAGACGCACUACAUGUCUGGCGGUAUCCAGCCUUGUCCGAUCGUUUUCCGAGGACCCAACGGUUUCGCGGCUGGUGUCGCAGCUCAACACUCACAAGACUACUCGGCGUGGUAUGGCAGUAUCCCUGGUCUCAAGGUCGUUGCACCUUGGAGCGCAGAGGAUGCGAAGGGUCUGCUAAAGGCAGCUAUCCGCGACCCAAAUCCUGUGGUUGUCCUAGAGAAUGAACUGCUGUACGGUCAGGCAUUCCCUAUGAGUGCAGAGGCACAGAAGAGCGAUUUCGUUCUCCCCUUCGGCAAAGCGAAGAUCGAACGACCAGGCAAAGACUUGACCAUCGUUACACUCUCACGUUGCGUAGGCCAAUCGCUGGACGCUGCGGAACAACUGAAGAAGAACUAUGGCGUCGAGGCCGAGGUUAUCAACCUGCGCUCAGUCAAGCCCAUGGACGUGGAGGCCAUCAUAAAAUCAGUCAAGAAGACCGGUGCGCUCAUGGCGGUAGAGUCUGGCUUCCCGGCUUUUGGCGUUGGUGCCGAGAUUCUGGCCCUCGCAGUCGAAUACGGCUUCGACUACCUCCAGGCACCACCAGUGCGCGUAACGGGGGCUGAAGUGCCCACUCCCUACGCGCAGAAAUUGGAGGAGAUGAGUUUCCCUCAGGUUGAUACCAUCACGAGCUAUGCCGCGAAGUUGCUGAGGGUGUAG